AGGAUGUGGUACCUGAUUCAGUGGAUGCAGGAGCCUUAGUUGAUUUGAAGCAUCCUUGCUAAAGAACCAUGGCCAGCCAAACCCAGGGAAUCCAGCAGCUGCUGCAGGCUGAGAAGAGGGCUGCGGAGAAGGUGGCAGAGGCCCGGAAACGGAAGGCCCGGAGGCUGAAGCAGGCCAAGGAAGAAGCCCAGGCUGAAAUAGAGCAAUAUCGGUUAGAGCGUGAGAGAGAGUUCCAGCACAAGCAGCAAGCGGCUCUUGGCUCACAAGGAAACCUGUCUGCUGAGGUGGAGGCUCAGACACGCAAGAAGCUGCAGGCUAUGCAAGGAGGGCAAGCCCGGGGCAAAGAUCGAGUCCUGCGCCAACUUCUCACCCAUGUUUGGGACGUGCAGCCUCAGCUACACCCCAACUACCGCUUUGCUAUCUAGGAGACUCACCCUGCAGUUACUGCUUGGUUGCCUGGGACACCCCACUGAUCUACAUUUCCCACCUCCCUCUCACAAUGGCAAAUCUCCUAAUCCCUAGACAUUGAAUUUGACAGGCCUCUCCAGAAUCUUAUCCCA